AUGUUGUUAUUGCAGAUUAUACUGCCAACCAAAGAGGCCUCCGCAUUAGCAGAUGAGAGAAAUUUUCAUGACAACUCUCCUGAGAUCCCUCUGGACUCGAUCCAGGUCCACCUGACUAAUGCGGAGUCGAAAUUUGUUAGUAUCUUGUCUGAUGCUGGUGACAUACUAGUGGAAGGAAAGGUAAAGGAUGAUAUUCCACAUCUCACCCCUGUGGGGUCUUUCACUGUGGAUGUAAGUCUUGAGGGAAACUUGAUACUCUGCAGGCAGGUCGACCAGCCGGGCAUGACUGGACAUACGAGGAGAAUACUUGGAGACGAGAAUGUGAAUAUCAACUUUAUGAGUGUGUGUAGAACUGCACCAAAGAAGCAGGCCAAAAUGGCCAUUGGUGUGGAUGAGAAACCUGACAAGGAAACGCUCAAGAUUGGCGAGGUACCAGCCAUCGAAGAAUUUGUGUUCCUUGGACUAUAG